AGAAUCACGUGAUCGGCCGCUGCAAGGAGGUAAGAUGGCGGUGUCUGAAUCAACAGUCCAAAAUGGUGAUAUUACAACGUUUGGGGAGAAUACAAACAUUGACGACGAUGAUGACUAUGAUCGAGAUACGAUAUUAGAAGAGGUGCUCUCCAGCGUUGUACUUGACCUUGGUAAGUUAUGAUGGCGAGCUGCUGCUUCUGUAUUGGCGACUGAUUUGGGAUAUCCCGACUGAUUCGGAAAGAAACGUCUUACAACCACCUCACAAUCUUAAGAAAAUGACAACUACUGACAAUCAAUUGAAAAACAUUCGAAAUGUCAUUCGAUUAACCAAAGAAAAACUUGAAGAUAUGAACAAAGAAUUUGGUAAACACCAGCAUCCACAUCCAUUAUAUAUUCAGGAAUAUGAACAACUUACAAACAAAAUUCAUGAUUUCCAAUUAAAAGAGCAGCAGCUGUUAGAUAAAGUGAUUAUUCCGUCAAGUGAAACUGAAGAUGAAGAUGAUGAUGAAGAAGAAGAAGAAAAGUUACCUUCACCUACAAAUAGUUCCACAUCUAGUCCAAAGCUCCCAUUGAAAUCUCCUGUCAGAUCUACUAUAAAGGUAUUACUCCCUAAUGCACAAUUCACUCGGGUUCAUGUAAAACCAGGAGUAACCUUGAAAGGAAGUCUUGCUAAAGCUAUGAAGUUGCGUGACUUUGAACCUGACAGAUGUUUGGUAUUUAUACAAAAGCCAUGGCCCAGGAAAUUUAUUCCCUGGGAUGUUGAUCUCUCAAUGCUGGCGGCUGAGGAACUUUCUGUUGAAUUUAUCAGCCAACAUCUCCCCACUGACAAGCCUUUAUGCCACAACUAUGUAAGGAAGACAUUUUUUACUAUAGCUUUCUGUGAUCUGUGCAGAAAGUUGUUGUUCCAUGGUUGUUAUCGCUGUGCAACUUGUGGCCUCCGCGUGCAUCAACGUUGUAUACACCGGGCUUACAGCUACUGCGAUGGUGGUGAUGAUUACCAUUCACAUUAUGGUAGUCCAAAUAGAAUUUCAGAACCAAUGUACAAUCAACCAUUUCCAGAUGUAUCUCAUACACUACCUACAUACGUUUCCAGUCCGUUCAAUCAGUUCCAGACAUUGCCAAAUCAACGUAACACUCGUAAGCGUCCUCCUCCAAUAUGCCAGAGAGAGCGUUCAACAUCAGCUCCAAAUGUCUGCUGUAAUCUAGUCAAUAGCUCCUUUUUGACAUCUGAACAAGAAUCGGGUAGAAAGAACAUGGACUAUCCUGGAGAUCAUUCAAAUGUUGCUGCACCAGGUACAAACCACAGCAACAGAAGUAACAUGAGCCACAGACAAGCUCUUCAGUAUAAAGAUAAACGUCAUGCUAGCGACAGUAUUACAGCUAUUUGUAAAAUUUCUCCAUUUUUCUCUUCCUUUAUGUCCAGAGGUCACAACACUAAUUGUUUGGCUCCACCUAACUCUGGUUCAAGCCACAGUCAGGGAAAUAGUCCAACUAAAAUCCACAGUGCAAGGGGUUCACCUACCAACCAAUCUGAACAAAUGCGGCCACGUGCAAAAUCAGUAGAAUCAGAGCUAGGACAACAUGUGCGACUACGACGAGAUUCAAAUGAAGAAUGGGAACUUCCUGACAAAGAAAUUAUAUUAAUUCGUCGAAUUGGUUCAGGAUCAUUUGGAACAGUAUUUUGUGGUCACUGGCAUGGGCCUGUUGCUGUGAAAAAGCUGAAUGUAGUUCAUCCAACACCUGCGCAAUUAGAAGCUUUCAAAAAUGAAGUUGCUGUCUUAAAGAAAACUCGACACUUAAACAUCUUAUUAUUUAUGGGUUACACCAUUGAACCUCAGCUUCAGAUUGUCACUCAGUGGUGUGAAGGGUCAAGUCUUUACAAACGUUUACAUGUAGAAGAAACCAAGUAUGAUAUGUCUCAGUUAGUUGAAAUAGGUCGUCAAACUUCACAAGGCAUGGAUUAUUUACAUGCAAAGUUUAUCAUUCAUAGAGAUUUGAAGUCCAACAAUAUAUUUUUGACAGAAGACUUCACUGUCAAAAUUGGUGACUUUGGUCUUGCAACUGUGAAAGCUCGAUGGAGUGGAUCCCAUCAAUUCCAACAGCCAACUGGUUCCAUUCUGUGGAUGGCUCCUGAAGUAAUAAGGAUGAAAGAUGACAACCCUUACACAUUCCAAUCUGAUGUGUAUGCGUAUGGUAUUGUCUGUUUUGAGUUGAUGACCAGCUCACUGCCAUAUUCUCACAUCAACAAUAAGGACCAGAUCCUCUUCAUGGUUGGUAAAGGCCAUAUACGACCUGACCCCAGUAAAUCCAGAUCAGAUACACCCAAAGCUUUCAAACGUUUGAUGAUGGAGUGCUGUAAAUACGAUCGAAAUGAAAGGCCUCUAUUUCCACAGAUAUUGUCUUCUAUUGAAUCUCUGAAGAGAUCUCUUCAAAGACUACAAAAAAGCCACUCAGAACCUACACUGCGGCCACAGUCAUCAGAUGACUUGGAUCUAUUUAAUGUAUUUUCAUCACCAAAAACUCCCGUCAACUGUCAAUAUGCACAGUUCACAUUUUAUGAUUUAGAUACCUGAGAAGGUAAUGUUGAUAUCAACAGUUUGGGGUGUUGUAUUUCUCCAGUAAGAUCGAAGAAAAAAAAAAUUUAGGUAAAUGAUGAAGAGAGAAAGUAUGAGUUUUCUUUUUUCUUUUUCUUUUUUUUUUAAUAUAUAAAAGAACAAUUUUAAGUUUAAUGUUCAUUCCUAACACUGCUGUCAAAGCGUUCCAGUGGAAACUAAGAUGAUGAUGAUAAUUUUAUAAGCAAUGAGGGAACUUAGGUUUCUGUGAACAGUACCGUGUCUUUCUUUACUUGGAAGUGAAGAUCCAAUGAAUAUUGCAUGGAUUUCUGGAAUUCCAAUAUUUCUGGCUGUACUAUAUUGGUUUUUUUUUUUUUUUUUUUUUUUUCAUUCUGUCUAUACUGUUGGUUGAAACAGAGAAGAUAGCAGCAGCAGCAGCAAUAUUAUUUGUGGGUUGACUUCAAUCACUGUUCUCCUUGCUGCAAACUGUUAUUGCUACUUUGACAAGAGAAAACAACAAUUUCACUCAUUUCAGGAUGAGCAAGAAAGAACAACACAGAUAAGAGUUGCUGUUAUCACCUGCUAUUAUUCUCUUGGAUUGGGCUCGAGGAUUCAUCACUGGUUCCAUUGAUAGUAUUACAGCUAACGAUGAGUACAAGUUAGUCAUCAACAAACACAUUGAAACAUCAUGAAUUCACUUUAUUUUCUUUGUGUAUUUUCUUUUGUGCCAUUCUCUCUCUUCCUUCUGGUCCAUUAACACUUUAUAAACACGUUCUAACUUAUAUACUAAAACAUUGGUGCCAUUUCCACGUGAUUGCUAAAGAUAUUUUUUUCAAUGUUACAAUGUUUGCAUAGAUGUGUGGUGUGUGUGUGUGUGUGGUGAGGGUGUGGCUUUUUUCAAUUACACAUAUAUUUGUGUGUGUGUGUGUAUAUAUAUACACAUACAAAUUUAUAUAUAUAUAUAUAUGUAUACACAUACAUACGCACACACACUCACACAUUGUAUUUGAUUAAAGAGAGAGAGAGAGAGAGAGAAGAAGAAACCAUUAGUGAAAUGAUUUAUCACUGAGUAGAUUUAAGAUAUCCUGUGCCUUUUUAAUCUGGUGAAUUUUAAUCUCUGCUUUCUCUACAGCUAUAUUUACUGUUAUUGAUUCUUUUCACUUCCAAUUUACCAGCUUCAUGUCUCUGACAGAUUCUACUGGAUUCUUCAGAAUAUUUUGGUCUCUAUAAAGCUGCUAUUCUAGCUUCUUUUUUUAAUCUCUUAAAUAUUUGAUUCUCUGGCUUAUGCGUUAACAGAUAUUGUUAUAUUUUUUUUUCUUACUAGUUUGUGUUUUUAUAUUGAAAAAUACUUCAUCCCAAAUUUUAUUGCAUCUUAUUUUCAAUGAUGCCAUCAGCAUUAAAACAUCCAUGUGUCUGAUGUUAAAUAACUUUAGUUGUAUCAUGGCAGUUAAUGCCAUAUCUAAUCUUGCCCAAGCAUUCUUCAUCACUGUUCCUUUAGCUGUAGAGGCCUGUCAUUUACUGUAGCUAAACAGUAAACUAUUGCAUUAAAAUUGUAACCACAUUUUAUUCUAUAGAAAUCAAGGAUGGAACUAAUUUAAUGUUUUGUUUGAUAUUUUUUUUUCAAAAAUAAAGUAUAAAUUUUAAAACUUUGGCAAUUCUAACAGGAAAUUUCCUAAUUGUUGGUGCUAAGUUACCACAGUUCUGUAAUGUUCUCAUAGCAUCAAAUUCAUUUUUAGAACAUUUUUAACUGAGUCUGGCAAAUCUAUUGAAAACUCUCUCAACAAGCUCCAUUCAUUAGUAUUAAAUGUCAAGAAAAUGGAGUUGAUUUUCAUACUUCUCAUAUCCUGGCCAAUUUUCGUUUUUCUUUUCUUUUUCACCUUUUUGUGGAAUUUUUCCUUUCUGUAAAUUAUUACAUCUAUUUAAAUAAAUUAUAUAUGUGUGUGUAAUAUGUAUAUAUGUGUGUGUGUGCAUAGAUGUGUGUGUGUGUGCAUAGAUAUGUGUGUGUGUGCAUAGAUAUGUGUGUGUGUGUGUAUGCAUGUAUAUGUAUAUAAACUACACUAAUCUUAGCCAAAAGACCACAUGCAGGUGUUUGUGUAUACACACAUGCACACUCACUCACACACACACACACACACGUGCACGCACAUUGUGGCCACUGAUUAUCACAGCUGAUAAACAGAGAAGACAAAAUCUGCAGGUUGCUGUCAAAAUCCAAUUGUAUGCCUUGUGCAAAGUGUGAUGCAGAUUUGUUGAAACAUUUUCGUAUGAAGUAAACCAAUAAUUCUGUACAUAAACCUUAUGAUUAGUUUAUUUUAAUUUUACUUUUCUUUUAAAUUUUAAUAAUGUUUUGAUAAUAGGUUAAAAUGUUAAAAAUAUAUUCCUUGUUUAUUUUGACUCUGGCUCUGCAUCUAAACAUUUUAUAUAAACUGGGUUUUUUUAAAUUUUAUUUUAUUAGUAAAGUUUCUUUAAAACAAACCUAGGUUUAAAUAAUAUCUAAGUUCCCUCUUUUUUCCUGCUGUUUGUACUAGUGUAUGAUGAUGAUGAUAAGGCUUGAAAACAAUAUAAUACAUUUAUUUUAUUUUGCUAUUACAGUUAACAUUAAGUUGGUGAUGAAACAUUUUGAAAUUUUGCUGUCUAUGUUCCUCAGAGCUCUGAUUUGUUUGCUGGUGUUGUUAUUAAACAAAACGAACAGUCCAAAGUUUCUAUAUCAUUUUUAUUUAAUAGUAUGCAAAAUAUAGCAGUACCCUCUUCAAGCCACAGGCUGCUCUUUUUAAUUGUCUACAACUUUUAAAAGUGGGAAUUUCAUUUGGUUGCAUUAGUCUUUUUUAUUUUAAAAUAUUUUUUAAAAAUUGAAAAAAAUAUUAGCUUCAUGACAUAUAAAAGAAAUGUUAAGAUCGUUACAAAUUCCUUUUGUUUGCAUUCACAAAGUGUGUGUGUAGGUAGGGGGGUAUUCUUGAAAAACAAACAUUAUGAUGCCUACCAUAACUUCUUUUCCUAAAUAAAAAAUUUUAAAGAUAUAUUUGGUGAAUUAGUUUUAGACUGGACAUUUUUUGUUAGUAUUCUUAGCUUAAGACCAACAUUUUCUUUGACAAAUAUGUAGCAGUGAUGUUUAUUCUUUUAAAUAUUCUCCUUUAAUGAAAAAAAAUUCUUCAGCUUGCUCCUCCCUUUAAACUUGUAUUGGAUAACAUUUUAAUGCUGAUACCAAAAUUUAUAUUUUCCCCUUAUAUCUUAUUCAUUCCACAAUUUCUCUUAUUCUCUAUAGAAAAUGUCUUUCUUCCUCUCUUUACUCUUCAACUAAAGUUGCUUUGAAUUCAAAUUUCUUGUUCUUACUAUUAAUUCUUUCUUCUGAGAGUUCUUCUUUGCUACAGUUCUUUCCCAAUGUUGUUGGUUUCCUGUAAUCUUCUAUCUCACCCACCAUACAUUUCAUUAUCAGUGAAAUGGCUGAUGAAUCAGAGUCUUGCAUGCGGGCACCCUUGAUCCCCCCUACCCCAUGCUCAUUCAGUUCUAGUGCCAGAUGUUGCCAGCCCUGCCACCAAAUCUGCAAGUGAUGCUACCGAGUUCCUGCUCAUCUCUGCUCUUGCUUGCUGUCCCCCCCUCCCCCCUCUUACGAUUAACAAACAUCUGCAGACAAAUUCUAUUGAUGAAAAGGAGGAGAACAAAUAUAUGAUGCAUGUUAGAAUAUGGAUGUGUGUAUGGAAGAUCAGUGGAGGAAAAAAGAACUUUUUUUCUGUCCUGAGCAUCCUAACUCUGACUAAAAUACUCUGGAAAUGAAAAAUGGACAUGUUUUUUUUUUAAAAAAAAUACUUUAAAAAAAUAUUUUCAAAAAAAAGUAAAAUUUAAGAAACAUUUAAAAAAAAGGAAAACAUGAAAAUGAAGACUGUUAAUAUAUGAGGACUGAUGAAAUGUAUUAUUUAUAUCAACUUCAGGACAGGCUAUUUCAUUUUAUAUAUUUCACAUAAGUUGUAAAGAUGUUACAAUGAAGUUCUGUAAAAACUGU